ACUUAUUAAUACCUUUCCGCACGUCCCGGAUGUUUACAAGUUGUGGAAGUUUAUUGCAAUAAGUUUCUCAGGGAUGGCUUUUAUUGAAGAAUUCGUGGGACAACUCCUUCAACUUUUAACAAAUCAACGUGAAAAAGGAUGGAGUUUGGUAUCUAUGAGAAAACCAAAUGAAAAACUUUCCCAGGGAGAUUUUUCCUUUCCCACUGACUUCCGGAUAUGGAGAGAUUGCUUCCCUGAAGAAGAUAAAAGCUUCUCCGGAGACUUAUUCACCCAUUGUGCAAUAAAACCCGAAGAAAUUCAAAUAAAAAGCAAAGAAGGAUGCUGGAACUUACCUGUUGAGAAGGUGGAAGUAAUAAAGAAUCGUUGCAUCAUUUUCCUGGACAGGAAGGAAACCUUCCGGAAUGUUUUACUAAAGGUUAUGAACUCACCUGAAGGGAUUGGGAGAGAAGGUUCCCCCAAAAGAGUCUUCAUGGAGGAAAUUUCAUCAGAUUCACAAACCCUGACGGAUUUCCGGGGAAUUUUGCUGAGAAAGGUUCUUGUAAAUAUCCUUGGCAGGUCCAGGAAGUACAUUGAAGUCCCUAAAAGAGACAAUGCAGACGUAACGUGUGUCAUAACAUCGAAGAGCUCCACCGAAGUAGUGGAGGGAGAUGUAAAAAUCCUUCCGGGAGUUGUUUUAGAUUCCCGGACGGGUAAAAAACUAUCCAAAGACACCUGGACGGAAUGUCUGGAGCAAAAGAUGAAGGAGUGCGAAUUAGUGGCGAGGCACAGGUACGGAUUCCGUGGUCCAGGAGAUUCUCAAGCAGGGAAGAUGUUUGAAGUUCUGGGCACAGCAACAAUGACCCUGGAACUGCUGGAAGCUAAACCAACGAGUCCUGUUGCCUACGGUGGCACCUCAAGCCGUGGUGGAGCUUUUAUACUUUACAAUUCAGCCCGGAUGGAAACUCUCCUGGAACAGUUCAAAGCUCGGAACUUUCCGGAAGCACCGCCGUUGGAGGAAAUUGAUUUUUCCCUUCUAUCGGAACCUGAGGAAUGGAUCCUCCUGCUGAACUUCAUUGCCAGUGAGGAGUGGAUGAUUGAGAAGUGUAUCUCGGAGAUUGAGAUUGGCCGGGUUAGUCCACAUCUAAUCUGCUCCUUUCUGCACAACUUUGUCACCAUUUUCAGUGCCUACUACAGGAGAGUCCAGAUUCUCACGGACAACCGCAAACAUCUCCUGAAGACUCUACAUGCCAGGAUUCACCUCCUACGGGCUCUCAGGAUGAUUUUUAAUCGAACUUUAGCACUCUUGGACAUACAGCCGGUGGCGAAAAUGUAAUUCUGCAUGCUUUUAUGUUAUUAUUUCCAGAUUUUAUGUUGUUUUAACUUAACUUUGUCAAUUUGAAGACGUUAAUAAAAUUUUCUAAUGAAAACAAAA